AUGGAUCACGAUAGUAAUACAACAAUGGAAAUAAUACAAUACUAUCCCGGUGGGGAACAUGGAAUUGUACAAUUAUUAAAUAAAAACUCGACGAAAGUUUAUAAACGUCUUUCUGAUGAAAAUGAACAGAAUCAAAGAAAUUGGGAAUUUUGGUUGACAGCAGUGCCACUAGUGGCUCUAGUUAUUACAACGAUUAUUGCAAAUGGUGGUAUAUUAGUGAUAUUUUUACGAAAUCGUUGUAUUCGAAGAUGCAGAAACAUUUAUAUUUUAAGUCUCGCAUGUGCUGAUCUUCUACUUGGACUAACGAUGCCGUUUUCUAUAUUACAAACAUUAAACAGAGAAUGGACACUAUCACAAGGCCUAUGUUGGACUUACUUAAUGAUAAGGUAUGCACUGUACUUUGUAGUUUUAUUAAGUAUGAUUUUAUUAACAGUUGAUAGAUGGUGGUCAAUCCAUUUCCCCAUCUCGUAUCGUGUGAAACAGAGCAGGAAAAUAGCCUGUAUUCUAGUAGCUUGUUGUUGGAUGUCCAGUCUCGUUCUACACAUUCCAUUAGCUAUAUGUUGGCAGAGUUUAUACGGUGACAUUACUCCAGAGAAACUUUGUCAUAUUCCAACUCAACAUAGUCUUGUGAUCAACGUUAGUGCCUCAGUACUAGAAUAUGUCCUUCCAAUGGUUGUGCUUAUAUCACUCAACAUUGGGAUUUAUUUAAAACUUUUGAGACGUCGAAACAACACGAAGAUUAGACGUUCUUUGAGUACGACUGAAACUUAUAUGUUUGAAACGAGACGAAAAAGUUCAAAUGACUCAAAUCAAAGUACAAGUAAUCCAAAUUCUGAAGAUGACGUUUCUCCUUUACCGCCACGACGUGAGUUUAGAAAUGUCCGUAGACAAACAAUUGUGUAUCAAGGAAAUAGAAGAGGUACUCUUACCGGUAAAAAGAUGAUGCGUCAAGGUAUGCUCCUUGGAGCGAAAGGGAGAAGCGCUUCAAUGGACACCGCAACGCUUAUAACUGGAUUCAAACUACGACAAAUGCAAGGAUUUAAAAAUUCUUUUCCAACAAGAAAACAAAGUGAUGAAGUUGUAAAAGGAUAUUUGUUACGUCAAGAUAAGAAAGCAGUUUUAUGUGUAGGUCUGUUGACAUUUAUUGCAUUUAUCUGCUGGACUCCAUACUUUAUUACAAUUAUUAUAGAUACAUUUACCAGUAUAGAACUGUCACAAACUGUUAAACAAAUCGUGUAUUGGAUUUUAGCAAUGAAUUCUGCUAUAAACCCAUUCUUAUACGGAUUUUGUAAUCAAGACUUUAGAAAAGUAUUAAAAACAUGGACAACGUGUUCAAAAUACGAACAAUAUAAAAUUCAAGAAGCUUUAAUUUAUUGUAAACUUUUGCAUAAUUGUGAGCUAGAAGUACAGAAAGACUUUCCAAGUCAGUGA